UUCUCCAUCCCCAUUCCUCCCUCUCUCUCUCUCUCUAUAUGUAUAUAUAUAUAAAAUCUCGUUCCUCUCAUCUGCAGCACUCCUCUCUCUCUCUCUCUCUCUCUCUCUCUCUCUUCAGCCACCGCCCACGGCGAAGCCCGCCGCCGCCUCCGCUCCAGAUCCGCCGCCCGGAGAUUUAUAAUUUCCGAUAAUCCCAUUCUCCAUCCGUUCAGAUGAGUUACCAAUCUCGCAGAUUAGUGAUGCCAGGGGCGUCAAGGAAGCGGAAAGAGAUGGAGGCCUUUUAUUCUUCCACGUUGUCAAAGCCGUUAGUUCCGCCAACGGCCGUCAGUCGUGCCGUUAGUUGGACGAACCCAGCUACGACGUCGUGUAAAGGAGCAGAGCAGCAAGCGGUGUCGUCUAACCGCCUUUUAGCUGGCUACAUGGCUUACGAGUUUUUAACAAAGGGAACGCUGUUAGGGCAGAAGUUUGACCCGGCUCGAGCCGGUGCUGUGCCGGUGAGCUUAGCUGAGUCGAAGAGAAGUAGGCUUAGCCUGAGUCAUAACCAACCGUGUACGGAAGGCGAGCCGAACGGGAAGUCGAAGCCGCAGGGCUAUGCUGAGGUGGCACAACUGCUGAGGAGCGAAGGGGCCCACAUACCCGGAGUAGUCAACCCCACGCAAUUAGCCAGGUGGAUUCAUAUGUAGACUUGUGACACGUGGAUCAAUUUCUUUCGCUGCUGAAAUGGUGGUCCAUGUGAUAUUCGUGUAGCCGACCCUCAUAGAUUUCUCCCCGGUCCUCAUGUGAUGUAUCGACAAACGUAGGUGCAGCUCAAACCCCUUCUCUCUCUCUCACACACACACACACACACAUUGUCUUCUCUUAAUCCUUGCGAAUUAAGUCUGUCAAUGCUUUUCCAUCAUUUCUUUUCUUUUUUUACGGUACUGAGAUAACUCUAUUUUUCUAUUUCUUGCAACACU